CAGAUAGAUGUUUUCAUGAAGAGAGGUGAAAAGCCGGAAGGGUAUAGACAAAUGAGGCCUAAGACCUUUCCUGCCAGUAACUACACUGGCAGUAGUAGGCAAAUGUUGCAAGAAAUACGGGAGUCUCUUAGGAAUUUACCUAAACCAUCAGAUGCUGCAAAAGCUGAGCACAGUAUGAAUAAAGCAACAACAGAAGAUCCUCGACAAGGCCGAAACCCUCCCAAAUUUGUGACAUAUCAUAAAGCUUUGCAAGAAAUACGAAAUUCUCUACUUCCAUUUGCAAAUGAAGCCAGUUCAUCCACCAGGAGUGCUUCAGAAGUUAAUCGACAAAUGCUACAAGAUAUGCAAAUUGCUGGAUUUGAUGAGGAUAUGGUUAUACAAGCACUUCGACAAACUAAUAAUAAAAGUAUAGAAGCAGCAAUUGAAUUCAUUAGUAAAAUGAGUUACCAAGAUUCUCGCAGAGAACAGAUGGCUGCAGCUGCGGCUAGACCUGUUAAUGCAGGCCCCAAACCACCAGGGAAUGUACAGCAAUCAGUUAACCGAAAACAAAGCUGGAAAGGUUCUAAAGAAUCUUUGGUCCCUCAAAGACAUGGCCCAACACUAGGAGAAAGUGUUGUUUUUCGCUCUGAAAGUCCUAAUUCUCAGACAGAUGUAGGAAGACCUUUAUCAGGAUCUGGAAUAGCAGCAUUUUCUCAGGGUCAUCCUGGCAAUGGACAGAGAGUGAAUCCACCACCACCUCCACAAGUAAGGAGUAUUACCCCUCCUCCACCACCUCCAAGAGGCCAGACUCCCCCUCCAAAAAGUACACCACCCUCAUCAUGGGAACCAAACUCUCAAACAAAACGUUAUUCUGGGAACAUGGACUAUAUGAUUUCUCGUAUUUCUCCAGUGCCACCUGGGACGUGGCAAGAUAGCUACCCUCCACCACCUCUAAACACUUCCCCAUUGAAUCCUUCUAGUCAGGGACAAAGAAGCAUUAAUUCUGUCCCUGUUGGUAGGCAACCAAUCAUCAUGCAAAGUUCUAACAACAAAUUUAACUUUACAUCAGGAAGAUCAGGAAUUCAAAAUGGCAAUGGUCAGAGUGAUUUUAUGAUGCAUCAGAAUGUUGUCUCUGGUGGUUCUGUGAAUCGUCAACCCCCACCUCCAUAUCCUUUAUCUCCAACCAAUGGGCAGAGUGCCUGUACUUUACAAAUACAAACUGGGGGACCUGCUACUUCUUCACCAUACACAAAUGGAAACAUUCCUUCAUCUAUGAUGGUGCCAAAUAGAAACAGUCACAAUAUGGAACUUUAUAACAUAACUGUAUCUGGAUUACAAACAUCCUGGCCUCAGUCAUCAUCUGCCCCACCCCAGUCAUCACCUGGUAGUGGACAUGAGAUCCCUGCAUGGCAGCCUAACAUUCCAGUGAGAUCAAAUUCUUUUAAUAAUCCAUUAGGAAGUAGACCAAGUCACUCUGCUAAUUCUCAGCCUUCAGCUACAACAGUAACUGCUAUUACACCAGCCCCUAUUCAGCAGCCAGUGAAAAGCAUGCGUGUCUUAAAACCAGAACUCCAGACUGCUUUAGCACCCACUCAUCCUUCUUGGAUUCCACAGCCAAUUCAGACUACACAGUCAAUCCCCUUUUCUGAGGGUCCAACCUCAACUAUGGCAGUUAUGCCAUCUGUUGCUGAGGCUCCAAAUUAUCAAGGCCCUCCACCCCCAUAUCCAAAACAUUUGCUACACCAGAAUGCAUCUGUUCCUACAUAUGAAUCAGUACCCAAACCUAGCAAAGAGGAUCAGCCUUGUUCCCCCAAGGAAGAUGAAGGGGAAAAGAAUUAUGAAAAUAGUGAUAGUGGAGAUAAAGAAAAGAAACAGAUUACAACUUCACCUGUCCCUGUUAGGAAAAACAAGAGAGAUGAAGAGCGAAGAGAAUCUCGUAUUCAGAGUUACUCUCCUCAGGCAUUUAAAUUCUUCAUGGAGCAGCAUGUAGAAAACAUACUCAAGUCUCAUCACCAGCGUCUUCAUCGUAAGAAACAACUAGAGAAUGAAAUGAUGAGGGUUGGGCUAUCCCAAGAUGCCCAGGAUCAAAUGAGAAAGAUGCUUUGCCAGAAGGAGUCUAAUUACAUCCGCCUUAAAAGAGCUAAAAUGGACAAGUCCAUGUUUGUGAAGAUAAAGACCCUAGGAAUAGGUGCAUUUGGUGAAGUUUGUUUAGCAAGAAAAGUGGAUACUAAUGCUUUGUAUGCAACAAAAACUCUGCGGAAAAAAGAUGUGCUGCUUCGAAAUCAAGUUGCUCAUGUCAAAGCUGAGCGAGAUAUCCUAGCAGAGGCUGACAAUGAAUGGGUAGUUCGCCUAUACUAUUCAUUCCAAGAUAAGGACAAUUUGUACUUUGUAAUGGAUUACAUUCCAGGGGGUGAUAUGAUGAGCCUGCUAAUUAGAAUGGGUAUCUUUCCAGAAAAUUUGGCACGGUUCUACAUAGCAGAACUUACCUGUGCUGUUGAAAGUGUUCAUAAAAUGGGCUUCAUUCAUAGGGAUAUUAAACCUGAUAACAUUUUGAUUGAUCGUGAUGGUCAUAUAAAAUUGACUGACUUUGGCCUGUGUACAGGCUUUCGAUGGACACAUGAUUCUAAAUACUAUCAGAGUGGUGACCAUCCACGUCAAGACAGCAUGGAUUUCAGUAAUGAAUGGGGUGACCCAGCCAACUGUCGAUGUGGAGACAGACUGAAACCUCUAGAGAGAAGAGCAGCACGCCAGCACCAGCGUUGUCUGGCACAUUCAUUGGUUGGGACCCCCAAUUAUAUUGCUCCAGAAGUCUUAUUACGAACAGGUUAUACACAGUUGUGCGAUUGGUGGAGUGUUGGUGUAAUUCUUUUUGAAAUGUUGGUGGGGCAACCUCCCUUCCUGGCACAGACACCAUUAGAAACACAAAUGAAGGUUAUCAACUGGCAAACAGCUCUUCACAUUCCACAACAAGCUAAACUGAGUCCAGAAGCUUCUGACCUAAUUAUUAAACUUUGUCGAGGGCCAGAAGACCGAUUAGGAAAGAAUGGUGCUGAUGAAAUAAAAGCUCAUCCAUUUUUCAAAGCAAUUGAUUUCUCUAGUGAUCUGAGACAGCAGUCUGCUUCAUACAUUCCUAAAAUCACACACCCAACAGAUACAUCAAAUUUUGACCCGGUUGAUCCAGAUAAAUUAUGGAGUGAGGAUAAUGAUGAAGGAAAUAUAAAUGACACUCUUAAUGGAUGGUAUAAAAAUGGAAAGCAUCCUGAACAUGCUUUCUAUGAAUUUACUUUUCGAAGGUUUUUUGAUGAUAAUGGCUAUCCAUAUAAUUAUCCCAAGCCUAUUGAAUAUCAGUACAAUAAUUUACAAGGUUCAGAGCAGUCAGACGAAGAUGAUCAACACACAGGGACAGGAGUCAAAAAUGGUGAUUUAGUUUAUGUUUAGCACACUGGAAAGUAAUUGAACUAUAUUUCUAUGAUGGUUAUUUUGAAAAAAGACCUCAACUAUAGAAUUUUUAUGAGGUUUCAAGAGAAAAAUUAUGCAAACCUGACAGAGCUAUUUAUUUUUGCUCUAUGUACAUUAUUUUAUUCCCCCAAUUAUAGGGAAUUUAUUUCAACUAUUAA